CGCGUUCACAUACGACUGUGCGCACGGAGAUAUACCGAGAAGCCUCGCGCUCUUAAUACGAACGUGUCUGCUCUAACAGUCCGACUGGGAGCUCGAGAGGACAGCGGACUGUCGUCCCGGAGUUAAUAUCCCCCCCAAGACCGGAGAGAUCGAGAAGUGGCAGAAACGGAGACAUCUCCGGUGCGAAGAGCAUAAGGUCGUUUGAGGGCAGGUAAAGUGAGGAGAUCGUUCGUCUGUCGGCUUUCCAAACGCCCACCCUAACCCCCCCCCCCCCUCCCGGCCACCUCAACCACGACCGCUGACGAACAAUGCCGGACCAGCCAGCCUGCGACCGCCCUCGUUGAGCAAAUAUUUGAGGCUAUUAUAUCUCAUUUCCCAAGGCGCCCUUCAGUUAGACGGGAAGGAGGGCGGAAGAGAGGUUGAGAGAGCCAGAGAGAGAGAGAGAAAGAGAGGGAGGGAAAAAAGUAACCCAUUCAAAGUGAGCUCUGCUAUUUCAGAGUUGUGGGUUGAGGACUGUCUCAUUUGGGAGUGCUGUUGCCCAGUGAGACAGGACUUCCCUAGCCUGCCAGCUGAGUCCUGACUCUAUACUGGAUAUAGAGAGAGAGAGAUAUCAGCUUGUCUGGGCUCCAACAUUGCCCAACAAAGAGACUGCAGGAGCUAACUUUAGCCAGCUCCACGACCAACUUAGCCUCUGUGGUCUCUGGAAUUGCUAGCUCUCUGUUUGUGCUCGGGGGGAAGUGAAGCGGAGGGCGAAUGGGAGCUGCCAGGCUCUAGUUACACAGCCGACAGCUUCCUGGAGAGCUCUCACCUGGGCCGGGCUGGGACUGCAACAGUGGCCACCAUUUCGGGUCUGCUGUUGACCUCGGCGGCCAUUUUGGGGCUGUGGUGGCGGUCGGCCAUUGAAGGGGCCGAGUAUUGAUGUGCUAGCCUAGCGAGCGUGAGGGAGCACCAUGAAGCCACUCACCCCUGUCAGCUCUCCCUCGCCCCUGCGGCUCCUCAACAAGGGCCCCGACUACCUGCGGCGGCAGAUGGAUCCGGGCACCUCCCCUCGCUCCUGCAGCGCCGUGGAGCGACUGGAGGCCGACAAGGCCAAGUACGUGAAGAGCCAGCACGUCAUCAACAGCAGGCAGGAGCCCGCUCUGGCGCCCUGCUCCACCCCUCCCCCUCUUCCCCACCGGCCCCUCACUCUCACCCCCCGCCUCCCCCCUCGCCGCGCAUCCAACACCUCCACCUCCUCCCCCCUCGCCUCCCGCGACGAGAACUACAACGACAAGAACUACAACGACGACUCCAGGAAGGAGAACCUUGGGGAGUCGCUGGACGUCGCGGCUCACAACUGGAGCAACGGCAGCCGGCUGGGCCCCCCUGGCCUCCGCCCCCCCCUGGUGGCCCCCCACAGCCGGCUGGGCCCCCCUGGCCUCCGCCCCCCCCUGGUGGCCCCCCACAGCGCCCCUGUGCUGAGGAGGAGCGUGGGCAAGCGUACGUUGCGGCCCGACUCGCUGCUCAUCUACAGGCAGAAGAAGGAGUGCAAGAGCCCAGGUGCAACGCCACCAUCGCUGGGCAACAGCAACCUGGAGGUCAAAGGUUACAGCUUUGUCCGCAGGUUGUUCCAGGGAUCCGUGAGGGGCAGGGGCGAGGGAGGGCAGGGGGGCAGGGGCGAGGGAGGCCUGAUCAGCGAGGAGAAGACUCCAUCUCGAGAUGGCGAUUCACGCAUGUCCUGGACCAAUGAGAGGGAGGCACAGGAGGGGGGGCGAGGCAGCAGGAGGGCCAGUAAGGCGGAGCCUGAGCGCCCUCCCCCCCUGCCCCCCCCGGACCACGCGCACAGGAACGGGAACGACUCCAGCGACCCGGAGGACGAGGCGGAUCCCUGGAGGAGGGCCCCUCUGGUGCCGCCCCGCAGGCGGGCGGGGGAACUGCGGCUCCUCCAGGCAGACCUGUGCAGCUCGCUGUCCGAGCAGGACCUGUUCUUCGACUUCUGCGGCCUGGACCAGGAUAUGGUGGAGCGGCUCGGACCCAGCAAGUUUCUGUCUGGGCCCAGCUCCGUGGACACGCUCUCAUUGGUCCUCAGGAGCGUGGGUGGGGCCGGGGGCUCGGAGCCCAGCGAGUUUUCCCGCCACUCGGGGGAGGGGCUGUUCCAGGAGGAGGUUGCGGAGAAGGUGGCGGUGGGCGUGUCCAUCAUCGAGAGGAAUGCCCGCGUCAUCAAGUGGCUGUACGGCUGCAAGAACGCAGCGCACCAGGGGCCGAAGGAGUCCACUGUCUAGCCCCUCCCUUGAGCCUCCCUUCCUCCCCCCACCACCCUCCCUAGCCCCGCCCCCCCAGGUGCCCACAAGAGAUGCGUUCCUAACACUGUGCUGUAGUACUGUAACCCCCCUCCCCUUCCUCGUGAGGACUGCUCCUUGCUCUGAGCAGCUGAUCCCUAUCAACACUACUGACCAGCGACUUACAGUGCGAGUGUGGCUGUCAUGGAAACGACUGUGUCCUUCACUGUUGAUAACCUGAUCCGGAGCUAAUGGCUGCCCUGGAUUGACACCCGCCCCCUCGCUGGCACAUCCACGUGUGUGUUUGCACGCACACACACAACUCCGUCCUCGUAAACACGUGUUUGGUGUGUUUGGCUGCUGAGCUGUCUGCGGUGGACAAGAUGGAUGGGG